AGGGGGGCUCUGGCGCGGGCGGGGGCCCCCGGGGGCGCCCGCAGGCGGCCCCCCCCCCCCCGUGAUGCUCCCGGCCGGGGAUGCGCCGGGGGGCGCGCGGGGCCUCGUGUUCCCGCCGACGCGGAAGGUCCUGUGGGACAGGAGGUGCCGCGAUGCCCCACGGCAGCUCUGCAUCGACCUGUGGCAGCCCGCGGUCGAGGUGGCGCCGGCGGUGGUGCGCGAGCUCGGCCGGCACGCGCUCGCCGGCGGCACGGAGGGUCCCAUUGCCCUGCUGGUGGCGUGCGCGGUGGCGGAAGGUGGAGGGCUCUCCUGGACGGUGACCGAGGCUGGCCCACGCGGGGCUGCGCAGGAGCUGCGGCGGGGGCAGCACUGGGCCCGGUGCUUCCUCCGCUCCGGCGCCGGCUCCCUGCCGCCCGCGCGCGGCCUCCCGGUGUCCGAGGAGGAGCUCCGCCUCCUCGAGGAGGAGUGGGCUGCGCGGGUCGCUGGCCCGGGCCCCCUGCACGCGGGGGACUACUUCGGCUGGUGCGGGGUGCUCGACGCGGGCGCCGGGCACGGGAGCGCGCGCCUCCGGCUCUGCGCCC